GGGUUAUUCCCAUGAUGCCUAAAGUCCGAAUUGAUCGGAAACAGCAUCUGACCAACCCCUGACUUGAGCGGACUUGAGCGUAGCGGAAGCAGUGCGUGCUAUCUUUCACCAUGGCAAAGUAAUGGUAGUGUAGGGGUCGUAGGGGUGUAGGGCUUUCCGCGGUGAAAUCAAUAACGAGCGAUAGCGAACAUUUGAAGUUAGAUAAUAUAUUUUCGUUUUUGAAUAUCACGGUCAUCACGGUUAAUACUCGAGAGCAGCAUUAAAAUAGCUUGGUUUGCGAUAUAUAUUUUUUAUUGUGGAAUAUUGAACACUAGCACUUUGACGGUCACAAGAGUGAAAGAGUGCAAUUUCAACAGAAAAUAUGUUUAAUGCAUCUCCUGAUCCACUGAGACUAAUUGUGGCAUCUAGUCGAGCUCCAUGUUUACCUGUUGUUCUGGAGACAGUUCACAGUAAUGUGAAAGUUGUGCAGUAUAAGUAUGAAACUAGCACCCUGGAUGACAUUCUUGCUGAGAUCAGCAACUCACUGGGCAGAUUCAAAGCAGAGACCAUUGCGCUAUUGAUGCAUUGUUCAGAGACUGAAAUCUUUAUUUGCUUCACAGGGGGGAAGGUUCUGAGUCUGGAGAGUGUUAAGAUAGAUGUGAGCAUUCGAGAAUUUCUCAGCCACCUUGUGGGACGCAACAUGAAACUGUCUGCUCCAAACCGUCGUCUGGAUUUCUUGAAUGCUUCUCCAUCUCUGCAUGUGAAUGGUGGUCUUAUGGCACAUCAGUUGGAAAUGUUGCUAAAUCUUCCUGUGGGGAUGUCUAAGGAUCUGUUUGGAGCCAAUGUACGGUUGACUAGGAUGAGAUCUGAUGCAGUCCCUCUUCUUACAGUUGGUGAACUCUAUUUUAAUGUUAAGAAACUACAAGACAAGCUUCAUACGGAGAACACUGAUGCAGGUGAACGAAGGUUGGAAGGAUACGAGAAGAUUCGUACAGUAGGGAAAGGAGCAUUUGGUACUGCUGUUCUGUAUCAUAAAGUUGCUGAUGACACAUUAGUUGUUAUCAAAGAGGUAAACAUGAUUGACCUCACAGCAUCUGAGCGACAGAUGGCGCUUAAUGAAGUUCAAGUUUUAUCAAGUUUGGACCACCCAAACAUCAUCAGUUACUUUGGUAGCUUUGAACGUGAUGGAGUACUCAUGAUAGAGAUGGAGUAUGCAGAUGGUGGCACAAUGGCACAGAUGUUGUCACAAAGGGCAAGAAGACUUGAUGAACGUGAGAUACUCGUGUUGUUUCGACAGAUUGUGGCUGCCAUACAGUACAUGCAUGAUCAUAAUAUUUUACAUAGGGACCUGAAGACAGCAAAUGUAUUUCUAAACAAAGACAACAGCAUAAAAGUUGGGGAUUUUGGAAUUUCCAAGAUGAUGACAACUCGUGCCCAAGCCCAAACAGUGCUAGGUACGCCAUACUACAUCAGUCCAGAGAUGUGUGAGGGCAAGCAGUAUGACCAGAAAUCAGACAUAUGGGCCCUGGGUUGCAUUUUAUAUGAAAUGGCAUGUCUACAGAAAACCUUCGAAGGCUCUAACUUACCAGCACUUGUGAACAAGAUAAUGAAGGGCCAUUUUCAGCCAGUACCUGGUGGCUACUCUCCAGGCUUCCGGCAGCUGAUCCAUGAUCUGCUGCAGAAGGAUCCAGUAUUCAGACCAACAGCAGCAGAGAUACUUGACUGCCGGUUACCCAAGCUGCUGGACUCACUGAGGGAAGAAGGAGGACACUGGUUCCUGGACCAUGAUGGUUCCUUGCCCAAUUUAAAGGCCUCCUGCAAUAGGAAUUCCAAAGUAAAAAGAUCUGUAUUGUAUGAUCUGAAGUCAUAUGAAUCAGCUGUUGCACUGACACCCAUCCAGUUGCCACCACGCAGUAAAGUGAUGGAGAUUGCUGUCAGCAACACACACAUCAUCGCUGUAACCACAGAGAUGUUGGUGUACAGUUGGGGUGAGGGGAAGAAAGGUCAGUUGGGACAUGGUGAUACAGAACCAUGGCGACAGCACCCUGAAAUUGUGGAGUCCCUAAAGGGGAAGAGCAUCAACAGAGUUGGUGCUGGAGAUGGCUACAGUGUAUUUGUCAGUGACUCAGGAAUGAUGAUGACAUGUGGUGAUGGCACAUUUGGCUGCCUUGGUCAUGGUGACUGGAACAACUCCAUUCGACCUCAUCUCAUUGAGAAGCUGCUGAGUGUGGAUGUGGUGGUGAUUGGCUGUGGUCCACAUCAUGUUGCAGUGCUGAGUCAAGAUGGGGAAAUGUACACAUGGGGCAGAGGUGAUGGAGGGCGCCUUGGGCUGGGCCAUGAGGAAGACUGCUGUUCUCCUGUAAAGGUGACACUACCCGGUGACUGUGUGGUGCGCACUUUGCGUUGUGGAGGGGAUGGCACUGCUGUCAUUACAUCAGAUGGAACACUGUUGACUUGUGGUCGAAACUCAUUCAAUAAACUAGGGCUUGCAGAUUGUAAUCGAGGAUUUUUCUCCUUUAACUUCAAAGUUGAAGUUGAGAAGGCACUAACACUCACCAGAGUAAAGGGAAUUGGUUACAAAGUCGCUGAUGUUUCACUAGGCCCUACUCACACAGCCGUCCUGACUAAGAGUGGUCAUGUUGUUACAUUUGGGCGUAAUGCAGAGGGUCAACUGGGAAGAGGGCACCUGAGAUCAACAUCACCUGGGCCUUUGAUAGUGAAAUCCAUGGCAGAUAAAGUCGCUACUAUGGUGCAGUGUGGCCUGACAUACACUGUAGUUGGGUCUAUUCAGAAUGCUGUGUACUUCUGGGGCACUCGUUAUGGCUCUUUUGGUUGUCAGGAUUCAGUGGGAAACCCAGUGAUGAAUCCAGAUGUGUCUGGUGGCUGGUCUCAUUCAAAGUCAAUGAAAAAAUUCCAGGAUCAACUGCUGUAUGGCUCACAGACUGGGUCACAGUACACCAGUAUCCUCAAUGUGUCAGAUCUGCAGUCCAGCCACAUGACCGAAAUCCUGCUAGAACCACAGGAGAUUUUAGCGUUGUAUGCAUCACCCACUCAAAUUGCAAAAGAAGAGACAGUGUGCUUAGCAGGGCUGUACCCCAUGAGGUACAGUGUGCUAGUACUUGUGGACACUACAGUUCCAUUGGCACGCCUGUACCCACAACCCAGCCAGGUUGAGCAAAGUAAAAGAAAAGAAGCUGAGGAUUUUGGAAGUUCUUCCAGUGAGGGUGACAGUGCAGAGGAGGAACAAGAUUCUGUUCAAGGGACUGACUUCGAUAGCCUUGGACCGGUUCCAGAAUGGAUCAAAGCUGAACUGGCCCAGUCUGAAGCUGUAUGGAUGGGAUUUUCAGUGCCGCAGUCCACUGCAAGGAGAGGGGUGCUGAUGGUGGAAUUCAUGCAACAAGGGACCACAAUAACAUCAGAAGUGUAUUGCAAAAUGCAUGAAAUAACUGCACAGGACCAUUCAAAACAAAAGGCAUGGAAGCUAACAUCUGGUGUAGUGCUCCUUCAUGACGAUGCAUGUCCACAUACAGUUGCUUGCACUCAAGCAGUUCUGGAGCACUUUAUUUAGGAGUUGUUUUACCACCCUUCAUACAGCCCUCUCGCUCUGAUCAACUCCCCACCUGUUUACCUACCUAAAGAACUGGUUGGAAUCACAGCGCUUCAAUAAUGAGAUGAUGGAGUGUCAAAAUAUGGCUGA